GUUCUGCUGCCUGAACUCAUCUGCUGAACACUGUGACCUUUGACCCCUUAAGGAGCCAUGAGCCAUCAUCCGAACUCUGUGGGUCCCAGCGAGGCCCUCGGUCUGUCUGCAUCCCUGUCUCCUCUUCCCCCACGUUGCCACGGUGAUGAAGAAGAGGAGGACCUGAACAAAGCGUUUGAUGUCCAGUGUUUUCAGCAGAUCCUUUGUCCUGCAGCUCGGAGUCCGCCGGAGAAACACAGAGUCUACGAUGAGCGGGACUUUGAAGAUCAUCGUCACUCUUCUCUCCACGUCCACCAUCCUCUGUCCAAACCUCCUGCUGAUAGCAGGAGGAAGAGGAGUGGCGAGGGGAGGAAGGACGUGAGGAGAGGCUCCACCCCCAGCACUGCGGCCACCAUAGAAGAAGACCAGGAGGAUGACUGCGAGGAGGAAUCCUUCACUCAGACCGAUGGAGAUGAGGGCCAGACGACUUCACACUCCAGUGACCCGCCCACCAGCUCGACCAUUCACAAUGGCCUCUCACCUGGCUGCCUCAUGAUAAGCAUUGGUCCUGAUGAGGCCGACGAGGCGGAGACACUGACGUCUGUCGACCUGGACGGCAUCAAGAGUCACCGACUGGAUGAUGUCCCAGCGGUGAGGCGUCACCUGGUGAGGCGGAGCUCCAGAGGACCAAUCAUCCAUGUCAGCAAAGAUCAGAGCAGCAGCCAAACUCAGUCUCAGCUCCAACACCUCCAACACCUCCAACCAGACCGUACACCUCAUGAGGUGUUCGUGGAGCUGAACGAGCUAGUGAUCGACAGGAACCAGGAGCUGCAGUGGAGGGAGACGGCUCGAUGGAUCAAGUUUGAGGAGGAGGUGGAGGAGGAGACGGAGCGCUGGGGGAGACCUCACAUCCCCUCCCUCUCCUUCCGCUCGCUGCUGGAGCUCCGAAAAACCAUCUCCCACGGGGCGGUGCUACUGGACCUGAAGCAGAGGACUCUGCCCGGGAUCGCCCAGCAGGUGGUGGAGCAGAUGGUGAUUUCAGACCAGAUCAAAGCUGAAGACCGGGCCAAUGUCCUGAGAGCUCUGCUGCUCCGACAUAGUCAUCCCAGUGAUGAGAAAGAUCACAGCUUGUUCAGCAGGAACAUCUCUGCUGCCAACAUGGCCACCCUGAUGGACAGACACAUUGGCCAAUCGGAACCAUCCAACCACCUGACCAAUCACAAAGAGGCUGACGCAGAGAAGAACAAGAGAGAAGCGCCGAACCUCUGUCACUCCAGAUCCAAACAUGAAGUGAAGCUGAUGGAGAAAAUCCCGGAGAGAGCUGAGGCCACUGUUGUUCUCGUAGGCAGUGUGGGCUUCUUGGACCAGCCCUCCAUGGCAUUUGUGCGACUGCAAGAAGCAGUCCUGCUGGAGUCUGUCCUGGAGGUCCCCGUCCCCGUGAGAUUCCUCUUUCUCCUGCUUGGCCCCCCCACCAUCAACAUCGAUUACCACCAGAUCGGUCGCUCCAUCUCCACACUCAUGUCAGACAAGCACUUUCAUGAGGCGGCGUACCAGGCUGACGACCGCCAGGACCUGCUGACAGCUAUCAACCGUUUCCUGGACUGCAGUGUGGUGCUCCCGCCCUCCGAGGUCGGUGGGGACGAGCUGCUGCACUCGGUGGCUCGCUUCCAACGAGAAAUGCUCCGAAAGAGGGAGGAGGAGCAGAGUGGCAAACUGCAAGAGAAACAGACCAGAAUUCAGCAAGAUGAGGAUUCCCGGGUUCCCUCCAAACCUGGUGACGAGCCCCUGAGGCGUUCAGGUCAUCUGUUCGGAGGACUGAUCAAAGACGUGAUUCGGCGCUACCCUCAGUACCUCAGUGACAUCCGAGAUGCCCUGAACCCCCAGUGCAUGGCUGCCAUCAUCUUCAUCUACUUUGCUGCACUGUCACCUGCGAUCACCUUUGGGGGACUGCUGGGUGAGAAAACAGAAGGUCUGAUUGGUGUGUCAGAGCUGAUUGUUGCCACGGCGAUGCAGGGCAUAGUAUUCAGUGUGUUGGGUGCCCAGCCUCUGCUGGUGAUUGGCUUCUCUGGACCGCUGCUGGUGUUUGAAGAGGCCUUCUACACUUUUUGUAAAGACAAUGAGAUCGAGUACCUGACAGGACGGGUGUGGAUCGGUUUCUGGCUAGUGCUCAUUGUUCUCCUCACUGUGGCCUUUGAGGGAAGCAUCCUGGUUCGCUUCGUCUCCCGCUUCACUCAGGAGAUUUUCUCCUUCCUCAUUUCCCUCAUUUUCAUCUACGAGACCUUUGCCAAGCUGGUCAAGAUCUUCCAGGAACAUCCUCUCCAAAACUGUUACCAUAGAAACAGCACAGUAUCUCUGUCUCUCUGCAACUACACCAUGGUCACUGGAGAUCCUGGGAAGGUUGUCGGCGAACCCAACACUGCUCUGCUGUCAUUAGUGCUCAUGGCGGGAACAUAUUUCAUUGCUUUCUACCUGCGCAAAUUCAAGAACAGCUCCUUCUUCCCUGGCAGGCUCCGUAGGAUCAUCGGAGACUUCGGGGUCCCCAUUGCAAUCCUUAUCAUGGUGUUGGUGGACUGGAGCGUGGAGGACACCUACACCCAGAAACUGAACGUGCCCAGUGGAUUCUCAGUUUCCAGUCCAGAGAAGCGUGGGUGGCUAAUUUCUCCCCUGGGGUCAGACGGGCAGUUUCCUAUUUGGAUGAUGGGUGCCAGCAUCCUGCCGGCCAUCCUCGUCUUCAUCCUCAUAUUCAUGGAGUCCCAGAUCACAGCGCUGAUUGUCAGUAAGAAGGAGAGGAUGCUGGUGAAGGGAACUGGUUUUCACCUGGACCUCCUCAUCAUUGUGGUGGUGGGUGGGAUCUCAGCUCUGUUUGGUUUGCCUUGGCUCUCGGCCGCCACAGUUCGGUCCGUCACCCACACCAACGCGCUCACCGUCAUGAGCAAAGCUGUUGCCCCUGGAGACAAGCCCCGCAUCCAGGAGGUGAAGGAGCAGAGGGUGACGGGCUUCCUCGUGGCAGUUUUAGUGGGUCUAUCGAUUGUGAUCGGGGAAGUUCUGCGUCAGAUCCCUCUGGCCGUGCUUUUUGGGAUCUUUCUCUACAUGGGUGUGAUGUCUCUGAACGGGAUCCAGCUCACCGAGAGGCUCAUUCUGCUGCUGAUGCCCCCGAAGUACCACCCCGAUCAAGCCUAUGUCCGCAAGGUGAGGACGUUAAGGAUGCACCUGUUCACUCUCGUCCAGCUGACCUGUCUGUCUGUCCUGUGGGUUGUCAUGGCGACAGCGGCAGCACUGGCUUUCCCCUUCAUGUUGCUGCUGACCAUACCUGUGAGGAUGCUGCUGCUUCCCCGCCUCUUCACUCGCAGAGAGCUGCAGAGUCUGGAUGCUGAUGAUGCGGAGCCUCACCUGGAGGAGAAGGAGGGGCAGGACGAGUACUCACAGCUGCAGAUGCCCGUGUGACCCGGCAGCAGCGUGCUGAUUGGUGGAUCUGGCCUGAUGGGCUGAAGCUCCUCCUCCAGUAGAAGGUCUGUCAUGUAUCCUGUAGCAGAGCUGGACUGUACACGCUUCUGAAAUCCUCUUUUUAUAAAGUAGAUUUUGUAUUUUCUGUUUGUUUUUGUCUAUCUCUGAUGAAGCUGCUGAACUCACUGACUCAACCCUGAACUCUGUUGAAGCUCUAGUUAUUCUCCACAUGAUGUUUUAAAGAUCACACUAACUCAAAUAUUCAGUCUUCUUAACUGUAUGUUUCUCCAUCUCAUUAAAUGCCAUCACUUUAUGUUUAAAA